CGCUCAUGGCGGCUGUAGGGAGGGCGCGCGCAGUCCUCAAGCGCCUUAGUUUAUGAACGUGAGAAGAAGGAAAAAAACGUUAACAAUGUGGCGGGGAUAAACCAAACGGCCUCCGUGGUUUACAUUUUAAAUAAUGUUUGCAGAGGCCAGUCUGUCCAUCUGGGGAUGGGGGGGUCUGGGAGUCGUCCUCUUCCUCAUCUCAUUUGGACCUUUUGCCAUCUUCUAUCUGGCCUUCUACAUCCUCUGCUUCAUUGGCGGGGGUUUUGUAGUGCUGCUUUUAUUUGGAAAGACAAACUCAGAGAAACACCUUGAAAGAUGUGAACACUCCUACAUGCUGCCCACACAGACAGCCGUACUGAAGGUAUUGGAGGAAAUGAAAUCAGAAUCCAAACUCAUAAAGAUCGACCGUCGUCUGACAGGAUCCAAUAUCAUAGAUGAGCCACUGCAGCAGGUCAUCCAGUUUGCUCUGAGGGAUUAUAUCCAGUAUUGGUACUACACUCUGAGCGAUGAUGAAACCUUCCUGCUGGAAAUCCGUCUGACGGUCCAGAACGCUCUCGUCGAGUUCUCCACCAGGUCUAAAGAGGUGGACUGGCAGCCGUAUUUUACCACCAGACUGGUGGAUGAUUUUGCGACUCAUCUACGUGUUUUCAGGAAAGCUCAAGAGAAGCUGAAUGAGAAAGAAGAUCCUAAGCAACGCGACGAUCCAGAUGAGUUGCUGGACUCGUUUUUUGAGGUGGAGGUGGAAAUGGAGAGGAAGAUUUGUAGAGACGUUGUGUGCAUGUCACGAAAGGAUGAAGAAGGUUACUUGCGGGAUCUCUGUGAAGUGCUGCUGUACCUGUUACUACCUCCUGGAGAUUUCCACAGCAAAAAUAUGAGAUACUUCCUCAGGGAAGUUUUGGCCAGAGGAGUCCUCCUGCCCUUAAUUAACCAGCUCAGCGACCCAGAUUACAUAAAUCAGUUCGUCAUCUGGAUGAUCCGUGACUCGAGCUGUAACUACGAGGCCUUCCUGAACAUCUUAAAGCUGACAGACGAGCCGUCCGAGCUAGAGGCCGUCAAAGACAAAGUCCUGGAGGAGCUUCAGUAUCUGCGCUCUCUGGACACUGGCUCAGACGAUAUCAACAUAAUAAAGAAUCAAAUCAAUAGUUUGUUAUUUGUGAAGAAAGUCUGUGAAACGCGAAUACAGAGGAUACAAUCAGGGAAGGAAGUUGACGCUUUGAAACUCGCAGCUAAUUUUGGGAAGUUGUGUGUGAUUCCGCUGGAGCACAUCCUGGUGCACAACAUUGCUCUGCAGUUCUUCAUGGACUACAUGCAGUGCAUGGGUGGACAGGCGAUUCUGUUCUUCUGGCUGACGGUGGAGGGCUAUCGGGUGACUGCACAGCAGCAGCUGGAGGUCUUACAGAGCUGUCAGAGAGACGGCAGGAGGCAGAGUAGUCAGACCACUAAAGGACUGCUCAGAGCUGCAGCACUAGGGGUCUUCGACCAGUACCUGUCUGAGAAGGCGUCUCCAAGAGUUCAGGUGGAUGAAGCAUCUGUAACCAGACUAGCUCAGAAACUCAACAAAGAGGAUCCCACACCUGAAAUAUUUGAUGAGAUCCAGAGAAAGGUGUAUGAUAUGAUGCUGAAGGACGAGCACUUUUAUCCCUCUUUUAAGCAGCAUCCGCUGUAUGUGCGAAUGCUGGCGGAGCUGGACAUGCUGAAGGAGCCCAGUUACAGAGGCUCUGAUGACGGAGACGGAGAAUCUUUCAACGGGUCUCCAACGGGAAGCAUUAAUCUGUCAUUAGAUGAUCUCAGCAGCGGGAGUGUGGAUGAGUCUGUUCAGCUGCAUGCGUUUAUUUCUGAUACAGGCGUCUGUAAUGAUCACGGAAAGACGUACGCGCUUUAUACCAUCACCGUCAUCCGCAAGAACUCAGACGGCAGUGAAGACACCUGGAAGACGUACAGACGCUACAGCGACUUCCACGAUUUCCACAUGCGCAUCACAGAGCAGUUUGAGAGCCUUGCUCCGAUUCUCAAGCUUCCUGGCAAAAAGACCUUUAACAACAUGGACAGGGAGUUCUUGGAGAAGAGGAAGAAGGACCUGAACGCUUAUUUGCAGCUGCUGCUGAACCCGGAGAUGGUGAAGGCCUGUCCGAUUCUGAUGCCCUACGUUUACGACUUCCUGGAAAACAAAGCGUACAGUAAAGGCAAACGAGAAUUUGCACGCAAGAUGGACACGUUUGUGAAUCCUCUCCGGAGCUCCAUGAGGAACGUGUCCAACGCCGUCAAGUCCCUGCCGGACAGCCUGGCUGAGGGAGUGUCCAAAGUGUCGGCGGACAUGGGCCGCAUGUCAGAGAAACUUGGCCAGGAUAUUAAACAGUCCAUAUUUAAGGUGCCUCCUUUAAUCCAGAAGUCUGACAUUGAUCCUGAACACUGCCGUGUCUCGGCUCAGCUGGACGACAAUGUGGAUGAUAAUAUUCCUCUGAGAGUGAUGCUGCUGCUGAUGGACGAGGUGUUUGACCUGAAGGAGAGAAAUCAGUGGCUGAGGAGAAACAUCAAAAACCUCCUUCAGCAGCUCAUCAAAGCCACCUAUGGAGAUACCAUUAACAGGAAAAUCGUGGAUCACGUGGACAACAUGACGUCUCCGGAGCAGGUGUCUGAUUACGUGAAGAGAUUCAGAGACUCUUAUUGGCCGAACGGAAUCCUGGCCGAGACGCCACCACGCAGAGACAAAAGCUUCCGCAUGAGGACACGAGUCGCCGCCAAAACCACACUCCUGGGCAUCAUGCCAGAUGAGUUGAAGCACAUCAUCGGAGCGGACACCACACGUAAAGGCAUCCUGCGUGUGUUCGAGAUGUUCCAGCACCAGCCACUGAACCGCCGUCUGGUCUACGUCUUUCUGGAGGGCUUCCUGGAGACGCUGUUCCCUCAGUACAAGUUUCCUGAGCUCUUCGAGAAGCUCCACUCGCGCUCGCCGCGGGUGCUCAAAUAUUCACACAAAUUGCGUAGCUUGCAGAAGAGGUGACAGCCGGACGCUCCUCCCGCUCAAACGCAGAGGGAGAGCAGAAAUCAGAGAGACACGCGGAGCCCGAAUAGAGGAUCUCCACUCAAAACAUGCCUCUCUUUAUCUCACAGUGCCUCCUGCUGCUCUCCUUCCAGCACUGUACUGUGCCGAACUGUACACGGCCGUAGCAUAGAGGAGUCACUGAUCAUCCAGAAGCGCUCGCUCUGACACUACGAGAGACUGAGCACCGAGCGUUUCCGUUUGCAUUUCUGAGCUGAUGUUUUUGGAUGACACUGUGUAGGUAUAUACAAUUUUUUUGUUGGUUUA